AUGGCCGUACCCAACAACCAACAGCUCUCCAUGGCAACAACCACGUCCCAACAUGUUCUGGAUCCGAGUCUCUUAUCAGAAAUCUCAGUUGUCCAAGCUCCCGACUCUUCAGACAUUACCAUUGUUCAAGGUCAACAACCCACCAAGAAGCCGGCAAAACCACGAGGCAAGAGAGCUGCCAAUACCGCCAACAAGACUACUGCCAAUCCCUCCACAAAUACCACCAAAAACACUAAUGCCAAUCCCGCCGCAGAUACCAGUAGCACCAACAAUACUACUGCCAAUCCCGCCACGCAAUCCAACGACCCAACUGAGCCCGAGGAAGAAUCGGAUAAGAAAGGCCGCUCGCGAACCUACCUUGAACACGAGGACCUCCAGCUCUGUAACUCUUGGCUUGAGGUUAGUGAAGAUCCAAAGAAAGGGACCGAUCAGACCUUCAACGCAUUCUGGGAAGCCAUCGCUAGACACUAUGCGACUCACAUUCCCAACGCGCCUCGAUCAGCAAAGAGUCUCAAGAAUCACUGGAGUGACAAGAUUCAGAAGGAUGUCAACAAGUUUGUCAGCUGUGUCAAUCAAGUCCAACAGAUGAAUCCAAGCGGGACAAAUUCAGCCAACCGACUCACCAUGGCAAUGUCGAUGUAUUCCAAACUGUACGAGAAGCCCUUUACCUUGCUGGGCUGCUACGAGAUUCUCAUCACCUCGCCGAAAUGGAACGACUACUCUCGUGGCCUUGUUAAGAAAAGAGAAACAACUGCGGCAACCUCCAACAAACGCAAGGAGCCAGACAGCUUGACAUCCAACGACCCCAGCACCAUCUCAACAAGCACCGACGCUUCGAUCGGAGAAACCACUGGAGGCGGUAAGGAUUCUUCAAGUGACGAUACUUGUGGCCCUCUAACUCGCCCGAUUGGCCGUAAGCGGGCCAAAUCUGACCACACCGCCGAAAUAGCCGCCAAAAAAACCCAGGAGAGCCUGAAGAAGAUGGCUCAGGCUCACUCCGAUAUUGCCGAAGUCGCAAAGAAACAAAGCACGUUUCUUGAAUCUCAACAAGCAGCGAUGAACCGACUAGCCGAUGAGUCAAUUAUGUGCAAAGAUCUCACCGGAGCAAGCGACAUGAUGAAGAGAUACUACACAAUCGAGCAAGCAAAAAUUAUGGCAAGGUUGGAAAAAGAACAGUCUGUAUCGACCAACCCAACAAACGCACCUAGCAACCCGACCCCAAACACUAGCAAAUAG